AUGGAAGAUCCUUUUGGAUUUGAAGAUUAUUUCCCUUCAAUGAUGGAGAGAUUAGGCGCGGAAGGAUUCAUGAGGGAGCUUUGCAAUGGAUUUUGUUUACUUAUGGAUGUGAGUAUAGGGCUAAUAACAUAUGAAAGUUUGAAGAGAAACACUAUGAAUCUUGGUUUAAAUGAUUUAAGAGAUGAUGAGUUGAUUUACAUGUUGGCUGAAGGAGAUUUGGAUGGUGAUGGAGCACUUAAUCAAAUGGAAUUUUGUAUUCUCAUGUUUAGAUUGAGUCCUGGUUUAAUGGAUGGAUCUAAACAAUACAUGGAUGAUGUGGGGCUUAUUCAUUUCCAACCCUAA